AUGGGUACCGGAAAGAAGGAGGCCGCUCGUAAAGUGCGGCAAGGAAAGACUGACGAUGGCAUGGGCAAUGUUAGAACCAAAGGUGAAAACUUCUAUCGCGAUGCGAAGAAGAUUAAGCACCUGAACAUGUUCAAGGAUGGCAAAGCCCAGCGCAACGCCUCAGGAAAAAUCACCAAGGCUGCCUCUUUCCAGUCUCGGGAUGCCCCUGUCGCUCGCAUUGAGCCUAACCGGAAGUGGUUCGGCAACACCCGAGUCAUCUCUCAGGAGGCUUUGAGCUCUUUCCGCGAGGCAGUCGCUGAGCGUGCUGCGGACCCGUACCAGGUGCUUCUUAAGACCAACAAACUCCCCAUGAGCCUGAUUCGGGACAAUGAUGGUGUGAAUGGCCUGAAGCAGCACCAGGCCAAGAUGGAAAUUGAAAACAAUCCCUUUGGCGACACUUUUGGUCCCAAAGCCCAAAGAAAACGAGUCAAGCUGGGUGUCACAUCUCUGGAAGAUCUUGCUGGCCAAACCGCUCAAGUGCACGACUCUUACCUGGAGAAGACGGACCAGGGAACUCAUGACGAUGGCACACCUAUCGUCUCUGCAGAUGUUGGCGCGUCUGAAGACACCACCUUCUCUACCGCCCGCGAGUCCGUUUUCUCCAAAGGUCAAAGCAAGCGCAUUUGGAACGAGCUUUACAAGGUCAUCGACUCUUCUGAUGUCGUGAUCCAUGCUCUUGAUGCUCGUGAUCCAAAUGGAACUCGGUGCCGAAGCAUCGAAAAGUAUAUUCGCGAGGAGGCUCCUCACAAGCAUUUGGUUUUUGUCUUGAACAAGUGCGAUUUGGUCCCGACCGGCGUUGCUGCUGCUUGGGUUCGUCACCUCUCCAAGGACUACCCAACUCUUGCAUUCCAUGCUUCUAUCAACAACUCUUUCGGCAAGGGCUCUCUUAUCCAGCUGCUUCGUCAGUUCUCAUCGCUUCACUCUGACCGCAAGCAAAUCUCCGUGGGCCUGAUUGGUUACCCCAAUACGGGCAAGUCAUCCAUCAUCAACACUCUUCGUAAGAAGAAGGUGUGCACCGUCGCCCCCAUUCCUGGUGAAACGAAGGUGUGGCAGUAUGUUACAUUGAUGAAGCGCAUCUACCUCAUCGACUGUCCCGGUGUAGUCCCACCCAAUCAGAAUGACACUGAGGAAGACAUUCUUCUGCGAGGUGUUUGCCGUGUCGAGAAUGUUGAGAAUCCCGAACAGUACAUUCCGGCUGUCAUGCGUCGUGUUCAGCCUCGCCAUUUGGAACGCACCUACGGCAUCAAGGAACCUUCCGAUGCCAUCGACUUCCUGAGCCGACUGGCUCGCAAGGGCGGUCGCCUGCUCAAGGGAGGCGAGCCUGACUUGGACGGUGUGGCUAAGAUGGUUAUCAAUGACUUCCUCCGCGGAAAGAUCCCAUGGUAUACUCCUCCCCCCAAGGGAACUGGCGGUGAUGAUGAGAAGAUCGAAGGUCGUGAGGGCCGUCUUGGAGAGAUGGGUCGCAAGCGUAAGCUGGACGAGACCAUUUCCGAAGCCGCCGAUGAGGACGAAUCAUCGGAUUCCAAGCCCGACGAAUCAUUUGAGAACGUUGAUGAGGAUGACGAUGAUGAUGAUUCCAUUGCGAACCUAGAGAUUAGUGAUGUGGAGAGUGGUGAGGAAGACUGA